CUUCGAGCGCCGCAUGGACGCAACAUUCUUUGAUGAUACCCCAUACAGCGAUGAUAUAUUCCCGGAGCCAGGCUCUGCCAUCCUUUUUGCACGCAAUCUCGACAUUCGAUCCAUCCUGCCGUCCACAUUUUAUCAUCUUUCGAGGCUCGAAAUGUCCUUAAAUCGUGCUGAUGAGGCCGACAAGCGAGUUCGCGAUCGCAUAGCCAACGUCAGAACGGGAGGUGGGCGCACUGCUGAUUGGUCGUAUCUAACAAAACAGGACUUCAAAUGUUUGCUACUUGGUCGCGAGCGUAUCCAACAGUUUAUGGAAGCACACGCGCAUUACUUUUCGUCAUUCUUCUAUAAUUGUGACAAGCCCUGUAGCAGACGAAUCCCCGAAGCCAAGUUUUAGUCACUAAUCCGCUCGCCAGACGUGUUACGCGACCUGAAGAAACUCAUACCCGAAAAGACUUACACAGACGAGGAGAUAUGCUAUCCAUGUCGGGUGAAAGCGAACAAGACGGCGGAGAGAUUGCGUGCAGAUAUAUGGAACAAGCUAGCUGAGUUCUUUGAUCUACCCAUCCC